AUGCCUGCGGCCUCGCCCUCCCCCUCUUCUUCUUCCUCUUCCUCCUGGACCUCGGUCCAUGAUUUUCUUGAGAACGGCGACAGCCGGGCCACCAGCUGUUUCCGACGGACUCGAUGGGACCAGCUGUGCGCCAUCGCCUCGAACGCAAACAAGCAUCUGGACUGUGUGGCGUUGGAUCAGGUCGCCAGCGGGCUCAACAACAUUAUCCGCCUCCUGGAGUUCUCGGACGGCAGUCGCUGGGCCGCCCGGGUCCGCAUCAAGGCCGACCAGCAUGUUAACGCCGAGCUCGAGGCCGAGGUGGCAACGAUGCAAUUUAUCAGGGAGCAUUCCGACCUGGCUGUCCCGCGAGUCUUUGCAUAUGCCCUCGACGAGAAUAACCCAGCGGCCGUUGCGUACAUGCUGAUCGAGGUCCUCCCCGGGGUCGCUGCAAUGGACGCCCUGGGUGGCUACGAGGUGCAUCGGGGCGUGAUACCCAUGCAGUACCGCCAGCCUUUCUACCGCUCCGUAGCAAAAUGCCAUGUCCAGAUGACCUCCUUGCGAAUGCCGCAGAUCGGCACGAUCCCCCGGACUCCAGAGGGUGGAUACAAGUCCGGCCCGUUGCCGGGGAUCGGCGGUCCAUUCGACACAGCCGCCGCCUUCUUCGAGGCCUGGGCUGACACGGUCAAGUUCAAGUGGGACCGGGAGACUAUCGGGCGCAUGAUGCAGAGGGGACCGGUACCGGCAGAGCAGAUGAUUGCUAUCGUCGACCAGUUCCCGUCCCGCGUCAAAGCGAUGGCCGGCCGGCUUUCGGCCUACAACGACGGCCCGUUUCCGCUGUGCCACGACGAUUUCCUUCACAGCAACAUCAUGGUCGACGAGGACAGUUUCCACGUGACGGGCAUCAUCGACUGGGAAGGGGCCUGUACGGUGCCCUGGGAGCUGGUUGCGUUCCCCGAGUUCCUCCAGGCCAUGCCCGCCGCGUUCGACAUCCCGCACAAGUACGGCCAAGACGGGCUGCCCCUUGACGAGGAACUGAGACAGACAUGGCGCGAGCGGCAGGAAUACGUCGAGAUGGUGAAGCUGGCCGAAGGACCUGGCGACAGGCUGCUCUCGACGUGUCUUGGUAGCAAGAGAUGCCAGGCGCUGGCGUAUGUGUACGGGGCGUUCACGAGCAUCGGGAAGUUGGGCUUCUACGAUAGGGUUUUAGAUGAGAUCGAGAAGGAGAGCAAGAUAGACACUCUGGUUCUAGAACGUGGUUUCACGCCUCGCAUUCGUGUAUCUGACAAGUAG